AUGCGGAGACACUUCAUUGAGUGGCAGCCAGUAACGGCGCGGAACGGCUGCAGCCCAGAGCGCAGAAAUCCCCUGGCGAAGGGGGCAGGAGCCCUCGGCUCCCCCUUCACGGCGUGCGAGAGCGGCCGGGGCGCUGCGGCCGCCGUGGGCCGGCCUCCUCCCGCCGGCCGAGUCCCCUCCUCCCCGCUGCCUUCCCGGCGGGGGCGGUCGCGGGCGGCCGAGCCGCUCGGGGCCCGGCAGCGCUGCCCAUGGGGGAGUGCGGGGUGCCCCCCCCAGGUCCAGCUCUUCCUCCGCGCCUGCGAGCAGGGGGACUGCGAGACCGCCCGACGCCUCUUGGGUCUGCCCGGCGGUAGCGGCGGCCCCGCCGACGCGGCGGCCCCCUCCUCCUCCUCGUGCGGCCCCGAGGAGACGGCGGCCGAGCCCCGCGGCGAAGCGUCGUCCCCGCCGACCCCCGCCGUGCCCGUGGACUGCACGGACGAGGCCGGCAACACGGGGCUGCAGUUCGCCGCGGCGGGGGGCCACGAGCAGCUGGUGCGGUUCCUGCUGCGGAAGGGCGCCUCGGUGCAGAGCAGGAACCACUACGGAUGGAGCCCCCUCAUGCAAGCGGCCAGGUUUGGACAUCUAAGUGUGGCCCACAUCUUGCUGGAGAAUGGUGCUGAUCUCAAUGCACAGAACAAGUUAGGAGCCAGUGUCCUCACAAUGGCCUCCAGAGGUGGUCAUGUCAGCAUGGUGAAGUUGUUGCUGGAAUCUGGAGCUUUUGUGGACAAUUACGACCAUUUUAGCACAAAUGUACUUAACAGCAGCAGAGAUGACCUACCCGAUAUUACUCCACUGAUGGCAGCUGCUCAGCAUGGACAUGAGGCAGUGGUACAUCUGUUGCUAGACUGGGGAGCUGAUUGUAACUACGCUCUAAAGACCAUGGGCUGGAGCCCUUUAAUGCUGGCAGCCGUUAGUGGAAAGGUGAGCUUGGCACAGCAGCUCAUGGAGAAAGGUGCCAAUCCUGAUCACUUGAAUGUACUACAUAAAACACCUUUUGAAAUCUCUGUUGGCCUCAAACACAAAGACAUGAAGGACUAUUUGGAAUCUCUCACAACGAUUAGGCCUCAGGCAGAUGCAGAAAAGAAGCAACCUGAUGUCUUUCAUGCUUUGAAACUAGGAAACUUUCAGCUGGUUAAAGAGAUCAUUGAUGAAGAUCUGAGUCAGGUUAAUAUUACCACUGUUGAUGGUGCAUCUCCUUUAAUGAUUGCAGCUGUAACUGGACAGCUGCCCCUUGUUCAGCUCCUUGUUGAGAAAAAGGCUGAUAUUGAUAAGCAGGAUAAUGUUCAUGGCUGGACAGCACUAAUGCAGGCCACGUACCAUGGAAACAAAAAUGUUGUAAAGUAUUUGUUAAAUCAAGGAGCUGAUGUUAACCUUCGUGCGAAAAAUGGAUACACAGCUUUUGACCUGAUAAUGCUGCUGAAUGAUCCAGAUACAGAGCUUGUAAGGUUACUGGCAUCAGCAUGCAUGCAAGUAGAUAAAGACAAGAAUAAACUGAACAACAGGUCAUCUCUGCCUCGUUCCAGAAGUAGGCAAUCCUUAAAUCUCCCAAUGCUGCCAGAUGACAAAGGAGGCCUAAAGUCCUGGUGGAGCAGAAUGUCCAAUCGAUUCCGCAAGCUGAAGUUGACUCAGACAUUGCGCCACGGAUUUCCUUCUAAUCAGUUUGUGCCUUUUCCGGAUGAGACUGAACCAUCAUUAAAUUCCACUAUAAAAGUAGCCUCACAGAGUGAUACAGACAUUUCUGGAAACCUUGAUGCUGCUACAGCUUGGAACACAAAUAACAAAGCUAGUGGUGCAAACACUGUGAAAGGAGAAAAGGAUGAUGAAUUAUUGACAACUAUGCUGAGGAGUAGUGCUCCAUUUACCAGGCUGCCCAGUGAUAAGCUGAAAGCAGUGAUACCACCUUUCUUACCACCCUCAAGCUUUGAGCUUUGGAAUUCUGACCGAACCCGACUCAGCAAAGACGGCAGAGCUGAACAGAUGAGAACUGCCUGGCCACAGAGAGCAGUCAAGCAUGAUUUUAACAGCAGUGGGAACUCUGAUAUAACAUCUGUUAGCAAAGGUACUAGACCAGUCAAAUUGCCAACAUUUGCAAGAAGACCAGCAUCUCCUUCAAAUUCCAAUAACUUCAACCAUUCUCCCCAUUCUUCUGGUGGAUCUAAUAACAUUGCAGGAAUUAGCAGGCAUGGAGGAGAACUGCAUAAUAGAUCAGGUGGCAGUGCAGAUAAUGUUUUGUCUCAGAUUGCAGCCCAAAGAAGAAAAGCAGCAGGCUUACCUGAACAGAAACCCAGCCAACAGCACAGUCCAGUCCAGUCAACUCCUUCAUCUACUGUGUCAGAUUUGCAGUGUGCUCAGACUGUUGGCAAUGGACAUGCUGUAAAGCAAAAACUGGAGAUGAACAAAAGACCUCCAUCUGGGACUUCAUCUACAUCUAAAAGCACAUCACCAACUCUCACACCUUCUCCAUCACCUUCCCCAUCUCCUAAGGUUCAAAACACAGAGUCUUCUGUCUCUUCUUCUCACAGACAUGCCAAGAGCAAUGGCUCCAGCAGUGGUACUAUUACAGAGGAUGGCAACCAUUUGGUGGACCAUCAACAAAUUGGCCCUAUUCUGAGAGCCAGCGAUGUAGAGAAUUAUGAAAGACGAAACCAUGUGAAAGUAAAAGAAGGCUCUGAAAACUUGGAAAAAGAUGAGCUGACUGGCAUUCUUAAAAAAUUGUCACUUGAGAAAUAUCAGCCUAUAUUUGAGGAACAGGAGGUGGAUAUGGAAGCUUUCCUCACACUUACUGAUGGUGAUUUGAAAGAGUUGGGUAUUAAAACGGAUGGAUCAAGGCAGCAAAUUUUGGCAGCUAUUUCUGAACUGAAUGCAGGAAAGGGUCGAGAGAGACAGAUUUUACAAGAAACUAUACACAACUUCCACUCUUCCUUUGAGAGUAGUGUCAGUAACACACGACCACCAGGUCAUUCCCAAUCUCCUGGCUGCUAUUUAAAACCACAAGAAGCUGUUUCUUCUAAAAGGUAGCUACUGGAACAAAAGUGGAUUUUAUUUUUUAUGGUGCAGUUUGGCAUCUGACUAAAUCCAUACAAAUGAAAAUAUAAAAAGUUAGUCGUGACUACACUGACAUAGGAUUUUCUGCAGUAAUGUGCUUAAAAUACAAAACCCACGAAAGUCAAAGAAAAUAAUAGAGAUUGCCUCUCUAGUUCAACCUAAGUGUUGAAUUGUUCAAGGCAUCAGUGGUCUGAAUUUAAGGAGAGCAAAGUCAGAAGAGCAGGAAGAAUGGGUGAACAUGCAAGAAGAUGGAUGUUUAAUUCCACUCUUGCCCAUGGGUGAAGAACCCACAGGAGAUCAACAUGGGCACAAGUCAAGAGGAAAAAGCAUGGAAGAAGGCAAGAGGGACACCACAAAUUGUGACCCCUUCUACAUGGGGAAAUACAUAAGCUGAAUAUGCUUCUUUUGAUUGGAUGCAGAUAAAGUAGUUUAGAUUGAAAAUGUAAUGAUUUCUUGGGAAGAAAAAUAAAGAAGUAAUGCUGCAGUCUUCAAUAACCAAAAUAUAUUUUAUCUAUUCAAUAUUAUGAGGUUAGAAGAGCAGUAAAUGUAAAAACAAAAUACCUAUUUGUAAAAACAGCACUUUAUUUGAGUAAAUGCAUAAUCUAUCACCAAUAUUUAAACAGAAAGAAUGUAAAAAUAUUUUAUAUUGCUGACUAUUUUUUUUGAGAAUAAAAGCAUUUACAUUAUAUUGGCUGUUUUUUUUUUAAAUAGUAACACUAGCACAUCCUUAAAAAUACAUUUUUAUAACUUAAUUUUCUAGCAAUUUGGAAAUGAAAGUUACAGUAAUUAAAAGUAGAAAUAAUUUUCUGCUUAGUAAAUAUCAUUUUUGGUAAGCAGUUAAAAUGCAAAUUAUCAGGAAUUAAAAUACAAUUCAUCAGAAACCUCAGACACUAUAUUUAUCUUUCUGAAGACUCAAGUACUGCAGGUAAGGGCAAGAAGAUCUUGGAGCUCCCAUUACCUGAGUGCUCUCAGUAUAUAACUAAAGAUUUUACAUUUCUCCAUGCUCCUCACUGUACUGACAGCUCAUGGCUGCUUUUUCUGCCUUUGAGAGGAGGUAAGUUUGAGACAGAAUCCUGUAUUGUGUGUCUGUGUGUCAGGGCUGGCACAGGCAGCUCUUGAAACUGCUGUAGGCAGCGGAGGUCUGGUGGGUACCAUCAUUAAGGCCUCAAAACCCAGUAUCUCACUGGGCUAGAUCAGAAGUUUGAUUCAGUUGUUCAGACCUUCAGUGGCAUUUGCCAGGCCCUAAGGCAUCCAGAACACCCAGAAGGGAUGCCAGACAUGACACUAAAUGAGGGUUAUGAUCAGGUUAUUCGUUGCAGCCACUUGGACAAAGAGACCAUUCAGAGAUGGGGACUGUAAUUUCAUUGACUUGUCCUGAUUUGUCACAGACUUUCAAAGGUGAAAGCUUUUAUUUGUUCUUGUUUACUGUUCAUUUUCUGUGUCCUCCUUUUCAGUUUAAAUGAAAAUCUUUGUUGGCAAACUUUGCUUACCUCAUAAUGAAAAGUGAUACCUUCUGGGUUUUACCAAAGAAGGAAAUCCUGCAAAAACCAGUUUUUGUUGUGAUUCAGUCUAGCCUUACAGGCUUGACUAAUCUGGAGUUAUUAACCUAAUAUUUUGCUGAGGAGUACUGUUAAUUUUACAAGGAGCUUUUAUAAGUUUCUUUGAAUUUAAUUUUCUUUUUCUGUACUUUGAGCAUUCAUGAAGAUCUGAUUUUAAAUAAAGAUACUUUGUUAUCUGGAAAUUAUUCAAGCAGUCAUCUAUCGUAUUUCUCAUGCUUCAGCAAAUGCCUUAGAAGCCAGGUACCUUCUCAAGGGAAUAACUUUGGUUUCCAGAGUGAAGGGGAACAUAAGAGUUCAUGCAAAGAGAUUUCUUUAAUACUGAGAUCAGCUUAAUUUACAAUUGCUUAGCUUGUCUGACUGUGACACUAAUAGCCUCAAACUUGCUACUUUAUUUUAUUUCAAAGCCCUCUUGGCAGUACAAGGGUACAUUUAGUGGGAACAGGUUUUGUCCAUUAAAACCGAAACUUCUUGUGCUAUAUUUAAAGCUCAUUUGGAACACUUAAUUUCCAUUUUCUCAGAAGUUUGUAUUAUUGAAAUAAACUGUUAAUGCAAUGUCCUCCUUAAAGUGUCACAGCAAGGAAUUGUUCAAAGCAAUUUUAGCCAAUUGUCAUUCACAGCAUUCCAGUGUGCAUUAAAACUUAAUGGAGUUAACAUGCAGUCAUAAAAACAAAAGCAAACAGAUAUUUGAAGUAUGAUUGCCCUAUUCCCAGCAUUGCACCUAUAGCAUUUUAAUUGGUCUCUUACUUCUCUUGAGUUUUUAUUCGUAAGUAUGUUCAAAAUAGGUCUGUCUGGUCUUAAGAGGAGUGGGAUAUCACAACUGUUAGCAGAAGCACAGGCUAGUCCUGUACAGGAGCGGUGUUCUUGAAGGUGAUAAACAGGUUAAUGUGAGUGUUGGAAAGCAGGCCCAUUCAAGACACUUCCUUAUAAAUAACCUAAAAAUAUUCUGUGUUCAUGUAUACACUUGAUGCAUAGCUGUGAGUUCUUGUUUUUAAUAAGCCUAUGUGAUUUUUUACCCCACAGAAUUGGUACCCUCAAAUUAGUUGGUGCAGAGAUUUGCUGUUUUUCUGAGUUGUGGAACAAAACCAUUGCACUGUCAGCAGCCAACAGUGUACUAGGUUUGAUCAUAAUGGGCUUGAUUUCAACUGUUCUCUACAGAUUUCUCCAUCUUAUGUUUUUUCU